CAAAAGCCAAGAACCAAGAAAGUACAUAGGAAAGACGCAGGAAAUUAUAUGGAGGACUUGCGAUAAAAUUUCCUUAGUAAUUUUAUAUAAAGAGAGCAUCUAACUAACAACACAAAAACCUCGACUAUAUGGAGGACUUGCGAUAAAAUUUCGUUAAAUUUUAUUUGUUAUAAAGAGAGACUUUAACAACACAAAAACCUCGGCUACUACUGGUACGAGUGGUCGAAUCGAGUCAUGGAAGAGUGCCGAUUCGAGACGAGCGAGUUACAGGCUUCCUUCGUGAUGUCGACUCCUUUAUGGUCCGAUUCAUGGACUUUGUGCAACGCCGCUAACUGCGCCGGGAGUAUUCAGAUCCAGCACAUGGCCGGAAUCAUGUACGUUGCUUUACCGGCGGUGGAGAUGAUUCUACUAGGGGAUCUUGUGGGCUUAGAAGUCGCCGGAAAUGGUCUUUUCUCGGCCUUGUCCACAUCAUUAGCCCCCGGCGAGCCUCCGCCUAUGGUCGACACUGCCAUACUUAAACUUUUCGUCCCCUUGCUUCCCCAUAUUCAACCGCAGAUCAAAGAAGGAAUGGAACUAGAAGGAAGAAAGAAGUUGGUAAUAACCGGACAUUCAACAGGCGGCGCAUUGGCCGCACUCACCGCACUUUGGCUCCUCUCCCACCCUUCGCCGCCGUCAUUCAGCCUCCUCUGCAUCACCUUCGGCUCUCCUUUGCUCGGAAACCAAUCUCUCUCUUCCUCAAUCUCCAGAUCACGUUUAGCACACAACUUCUGCCACGUGGUCUCCGUCCACGACCUCGUUCCUAGAAGAAACGAUGAUCGGUUCUGGCCCUUUGGAACCUAUCUCUUCUGUUCCGACAACGGAGGUGUCUGCUUAGACAAUGCUGCUUCAGUUCGUAGGAUGUUUCUUAUACUCAACUCGACAGGAACUCCAAACAUCGAGGAACAUCAAAGGUACGGACAUUACGUGUCAACACUCUCGCACCAGUUUCUCAUAUCUAGAAGCUUUCGUGGUGGGAACAUCUCAGAAAACAGCUACGAAGCUGGUGUCGCAUUAGCCGUAGAAUCUCUAGGAUUCUCCAAUGAUCAGCCAAGUGGUGUAUCAGCGAGAGAAUGCAUCAAAACAGCUACAACAAUAAGUCGUGCUCCGAUUCUGAGGUCGAGUGAGUUAGCUACUGAGCUUGCAAACGUCUUGCCAUCAAGACUAGAGAUUCAAUGGUACAAAGACAGUUGCGACGCGUCACCGAAGCAGCUCGGUUACUACGAUAACUUCAAACUGUUUUCAAUGAAAAGAGAGAUAAGGGUGAACAUGAGUCGAGCAAAGCUAGCUAAGUUUUGGGACGGUGUGCUCGAAAUGGUGGAGAAGAAUGAGUUACCUUUUGAUUUUCACCUCGGAAAGAAAUGGGUCUACGCAUCGCAGUUUUACCAACUCUUAGCCGAACCACUUGACAUUGCCUACUUCUACAAGUACACCUAUUCAAGGACUAGUGGUCAUUACUUGGAGAAUGGGAAUAGGCACAAAAGGUAUGAAGUGAUUGAUAAGUGGUGGAAACGAAGCGGAGAGCCUCUUGCAGAGAAGUGUGUGAGAACUCGAUAUACGAGCACUACGCAGGAUACUUGCUUUUGGGCUAAGCUUGAGGAAGCAAAAGAGUGGUUGGGUGAGAUGAGAAACGAGAGUAGCGAUGCGCAGAGGCGAGCUUUGUUAUGGCAAAAGAUUCUUGGAUUUGAGAGCUAUGCGGAUACAUUGGUGAGGAUGAAGGAAGUGUCGAAAGAUGUUUUGGCGAAGAACUCGAGUUACAGUGUGUGGAUGGAGAAUCUGAGAGAGUUCAAGUUCAGAAUGGGUAAUGGACUUGAGAUGGUUGUUGAUGCCAUUGACGCAAUGGAGACCUAGUAGGAUUGAUAGCAAAUCUAAUUUAAUUAUGGUAUGCUAUUUAACGAUCUUUAUAUCAUUGUUGUUCAUCAUGUUUAUCCAAGACUUCUGAUGCAUGCUACAAUUCUAAAACAAUCUUCAUUGUUAUGUUCAACAACUUUCUGCAAGGGUUUAUAAUGUAAGCUGUUACCCCAAAACCAAGAUGGAUGUUUAAUAUUCUGCACGUAGUAUAAGAUAAUUAAGCUAAUUUUCAAGAGAAC